CUUUUAUAAUUUUGGGUAGUUUUAACGUAAUGUCACGUGAUCAUUUUAAAACCGGAAGUUAGUCUCUUUGAUCGCUUUAACAAUCACCAAUGGCGGACGCAGCAGCAGCACCAGCCGGUGAUAGCCCAAGGGGUGGAUUCCGUGGUGGCUUUGGAGAACGAGGCCGUGGACGUGGCCGGGGUAGAGGCCGCGGACGUGGCAGAGGACGUGGACGUGGCGCUAAGGAAGGAGACAAGGAAUGGGUACCAGUAACUAAACUUGGUCGUCUUGUUAAGGAUGGCAAGAUUAAAUCUUUAGAAGAAAUUUACUUAUUUUCACUUCCAAUUAAGGAGUGUGAAAUCAUUGAUUUCUUCCUUGUUCCUGGUACACUGAAGGAUGAAGUUCUUAAGAUAAUGCCUGUCCAGAAACAGACACGUGCUGGUCAGAGAACCAGGUUCAAGGCUUUUGUAGCUGUUGGCGACUACAAUGGCCAUGUGGGUUUGGGUGUUAAGUGCUCUAAAGAAGUGGCCACUGCCAUCCGAGGAGCUAUCAUUCUGGCCAAGUUGUCAGUUAUUCCAGUUAGAAGAGGAUAUUGGGGUAAUAAGAUCGGCAAACCUCACACUGUUCCCUGCAAGGUGACAGGGAAGUGUGGAAGUGUUUUGGUACGUUUGAUACCUGCUCCUAGAGGAACAGGUAUUGUAAGUGCUCCUGUACCUAAAAAGUUACUUACCAUGGCUGGUAUUGAAGAUUGUUACACCUCUGCCAGUGGGGCUACCUCAACUCUUGGAAACUUUGCUAAGGCAACUUAUUCUGCAAUUGCAAAGACUUAUUCAUAUUUGACCCCUGACCUUUGGAAAGAAACUGUGUUUACUAAGGCCCCAUACCAGGAGUUUACAGACUACCUAAUGAAGAACCACUCCCGCACGGCUGUUCAGCGCCAAGAACAGAAGGUCUAUUAACACUAGAUCAGAGGGCACACUAUCAUCAUAUUUUUGGUGAAUUCUUAAUGUUCUUGAUGUAUACAAUGACAACAAAGCUGAAAACAAAACAAAAAAUAUUUCAUAGUGAAGAUAAAUGUUGAAAGAAUGAAUUUUUUUUAUUCAUUAAAUGGUGUCCUUGUGA